AUGCUGAAUUCUAGUGUUAAUUUCAAAAAUGAAUAUGUCGAUCGAUUGACCCAAGCGAUGGUCUGGAAGCCUGCUAAUCCCAUAACGACUAAUAAUGAUAAUCCACCAACACCAUAUGAUCUAACACUUGCAUCUCUCUUGUCGGCAGGUCUUCAUAUAGGUCAUUCAAAAUCUUUAUGGAAUCCUAAAACUUCUCCAUUCAUUUUUGGUAUUCGUCACGGUAUCAGCAUUAUAAACCUUGAUCAUACUUUGAUUUACUUGCGUCGUGCAUGUAAAGUCACUCGAGAAAUAAGUUAUCGUGGUGGUAUAAUUCUAUUCAUUAACACACGUGGGGGUGGUUUCGCUCUUGCAACAAUCAACGCUGCAAAACGUUGCAAUCAGUUUCAACUUACAACACGUUGGUUACCUGGUACCAUAACUAAUUCACAACAAAUUCUGGGUCAUUUAAUGCCAAAAGAACCUAAUGAAAUAUUACCAAAAGUUUUUAAACCAGACUUAAUAAUUUUAUUAAAUCCAUUGGAAAAUACCAUUGUAUUGGAAGAAGCAAAGCAUGGUAAUGUGCCCACAAUUGGAAUUAUAGAUACUGAUUUUGAUCCUCAGAAAGUUAGUUGGCCUAUACCUGCUAAUGACGAUUCGGUGAGAGGUGUGGAAUUAAUUGCCGGUGUUCUAAGUAUGGCUGCUAGGGAUGGUCUUAUACAUAGACGAAAAAUUAUGGAAAAAAUUGAAUCACAGAGGAUUAAAACUAGAUCUACUAUCGUAAAAGUUUCAUCAAAAACAAUUUAA